UGCGACGUCUUGUAGGUUUUGCAGCUCGUAAGCAGCUGCCAUCCAGCAAUGGCCGGGCAUGUCCGAGAGCAAGUCUGCAGAGAACUCCCAGAUGCCAGCGUGCUGAAGCGAUUUGAAGUGGCUAAGCUGCUGGGCAAAGGUGCUUAUGGAAUAGUUUGGAAAGUGAGAGAGAAGGAGACUGGGAGGAUGUUUGCACUGAAGCGGUGCUUCGAUGCCUUCCAGAACUCCACGGAUGCGCAGCGCACUUUCCGGGAGAUUGUUUUUUUACAGGAGCUGAACGGCCAUGAGAACAUUGUUCGUCUGAUGAAUGUGAUGAAGGCUGACAGCAGUCAGGAUCUCUAUGUUAUCUUUGAUUACAUGGAGUCAGACCUGCAGAAGGCAAUUGCUGCCAAUUUGCUGCAGCCAAUUCAUGUAGAAUACGUCACGUAUCAGAUUCUUAAGGCUUUAAAGUACAUUCACUCUGGUGGUGUGCUGCACCGUGAUCUGAAGCCUGCCAACGUUUUGCUGAACUCGAAUUGCCAUGUUCGGGUAUGCGACUUUGGUUUGGCCAGAACGGUCUUGCCUUAUACCGCACAAACUGCGGGGACCCGCCGAGAUUCUCGAAGCUCCGAAUCAGAGGCUCACCCGUUGCUCACGGAUUACGUUGCGACACGCUGGUAUCGGGCACCGGAACUCUUGCUGGGAUCUACCAUCUAUUCUGAGGGGGUCGAUAUGUGGAGCGUGGGCUGCAUACUUGGCGAGAUGGUGGCCGGCAAGCCCAUCCUGCGCGGGAGGUCUACCAUGGACCAACUUCAGAAGGUAGUGGAAUUGACUGGCAAGCCGAGCGAGCAAGACCUACGUCCGAUAACUACGACUUCCCAGUACGCCCGUUCGAUGUUGGAAAAUCUGGGAAACGUUCGACAGAUGCCUUCGUCUGGUGUUUUAUUUCUCCUGAAGCUCCCGCAACAGGCCAAAACAUUGACGCUCAACCUGCUGAAGUUCAAUCCAGAACGAAGGCCUUCGGCGGAGCUGGCCCUGCAGGAUAUAUUUCUGGAGAAGUUCUUCUUGCAGGAAGCAGAGCCUGUGUGCGACAAGGUGAUCCGUAUGCCUAUUGCUGAUGUGACAAAGCUGAAGGCAUCUGACUACCGAGAUCAGAUCUUCACCAUGAUUGGCCAGCGUCGCAGGAUGGCGCAGGAGGAAGCCGCUACUUUGGCGCGACGUGGCGGAAGACAGAGUCUGCGUCGUUCAAGCUCGCGAUAUUCUGAUGCCUCCACAACCAGUGUCCGAGAAGGACCACAGCUGCCGUGGAGCCACGAGGGCGGUGCCGCUGCGCCGCCGUCCAGCCCAAAGUGAGAGCUCUUAGUGCCUGAAGUUGUCAUGAGCUCCAAAGCGAGCUUUUAGCUACCGUGCCAUUCAUGCCCCUCAGUUGUUUGUUCCUUACAGGACAUCCUUAAAGGAUGGCCUGACCACAGGCAGCGACAAUGUUUACAUGUCCCUUGCUACGGGGGCCCGCCAUGCCGUGCCUGUCAGCCA